CCUAGAGACAGCACCCGGCACCGGGUGCUUUUGCCGGUACCAAAAGGCCGAUGAUCAAUUUCAUUCUUCUCAUCAGCCGGCAGGGCAAAACGAGGCUGAAGAAAUGGUUUGUGCCAUGUCCAGAACGUGAUCAGUUCAGAACCAUCAAGGAGGUUAGCAGCCUCAUCCUGAAUCGAUCGCCAAAGGUUUGCAACUUCCUCGAAUGGCGAGACUUCAAGCUUUGCUACAAGCGCUAUGCUAGUUUGUUCUUCAUCGCCUGCAUCGAGCAGAACGACAACGAAUUGCUGGCUUUAGAGACCGUCCACCAUUUCGUGGAAUGCCUGGAUCGCUACUUUGGCAACGUCUGCGAGCUGGACUUGAUCUUCAACUUUCACAAGGCGUACUAUAUCCUGGAUGAAAUCUUGAUCAGUGGAGAGCUUCAGGAGUCCAGCAAAAGAGCCGUGCUCCACCAUAUCUCCGAACAGGAUGCCAUGAUGCAAGAGAACGAGCAGGCAAAAAGAAAAGGCUGAUCUGCUGCGACGACGUGUCCUGCAUGUGAUUUGGGAUUCCCAAUGAAAGCAGAGGGAACUUCCGCGAAUGGCAGAAAUAUACGCUGGCGAACAGCUGCAGUGAUGUCGUCGGCGAAGCGAAAAGAA